AUGAAUUUUAAAAAUUCUUCUUCUAAUCAAACUGAACAUCAUCCUACUCAGUCAUUUAAUCUAGUACUACAUCGAAUAUUAUUUUCCAUCGGUAUUUUGGUUAGUGUACCGAGUUUAAUAACAAAUAUAUUCAUAUUAAUUCGUUUACAUUCGAAUUCAAAGCUAAGUAUUUAUGUAUUUCGAUGUAUAUUGCAUGUCAGUUUGUUCAUGACACUGACAUGUGUUCCAAUAUUCCUAACUGAACUUUAUUUAGAAUAUUUUCCAUUUGCUAUUAUAUUUUGUCAAUUAUGGCUAAUUGUUGAUUAUAGUUCAAUUGUUUGCCUUGGUUUACUCGUAUGUUGGGCAUCAAUUCAACGACACGUUCUUAUAUUUGGACCACUAAAUCUAAGAAAAUCACAAAAACGUUUAAGAUUUAAAAUAAUACCGCUAUUAUUCAGUAUAGCCAUACCAUUGACAUGGUAUACAAUACUUAUAUUAGGUGUCACAUGCUUUCAAGAAGUCAAGAAUAAAAACACUGUGAAUGAUUCAAAACGUGUUUGUAAACCAUGUUUCGAAGAAAAUAUCUUUUUAUUUUUAAUUGAUACUAUCUUCAGUUUAGUGGUACCAUUAUUAAUCACAUUUAUUGCUACAUUUUUAUUAUUAAUUCGAAUAUUUGUCAAACGUCAUCGUCUUAGUUUAUCACUUACUGAACAGUUUUGA